UAUUGUUUCGUGCGUCUAUGAAUACAGUUUUUGUGAAAACUUAAAUACAAAUUACGGUAAAUAAUGACAAAUACACUAAAUACAAAUUGAAACAGCUGACAAAGAAUAAAAAAUAAAAUAAAAAUAUCAAAAACGAGCCUGCACAAUGGAAUCUUCUGAAACAACUCUCAAAACACGUAUGAGAUAUUGUUGUGUGAAAUCUUGCCCGAAUUUUCGUGGAACAACUGACCAACAUAUUUAUUUCUUCAAUCUGCCAAUUCGCAACUCACCGGAAGUUCGUGCCCAAUGGGAAUUGGCUGUUACUGGCAAGCAAACUGGCAACUUUUAUUGUGGCAGGAUUUGUGAACGUCAUUUCAGACCCGAAGAUAUCCAUUCCUACGGACCACGAAAAAACUACUUGAAAGAUGGAGCUAUUCCCGUGUAUCAUAUCCAUGAUAAUAGCUCAAACGAUACACCAGCGGCCCAAUUGAAACUUGUCAAUAUUGAAACAAUUAAAAACAAAACGAAUGAUACCGAAUCGGUUGAUGGCAUAGUACAAAAUCCACCGAAGGAUAAAUUAAAUAUAGUCGAUAUUAAUGCGACCACAAACCAAACUAAUGGACCCAAUUUGGCUAGUAACAAAGUCUCCAAACAGUCGAGUUUUUGUGUAAAUUGCGCUCAGAAAAACGUACAACUACAAGCGGCCAAAAUAAAAAUUGAAUCGUUAAAAGCGAAAAUACACGAUUUGGAAACGAAAAACCAACAACUUCGGAAUCAAACCAAAAGACUUGAACCAGGGCCAGCUAAUAAUAGUAUUAGAGAGGACAAUCCAAUGGAACCGGAGAGUAUUGCCACUAAAAAGUGUAGCCUUUGCAAGGUGGUGCUAACACCAUCUGAAUUCUAUAAACAUUUAUGCCUUGAUCAAGAUACAAUUCAAUGUACAUUUUGUGUACCAAGGAAAUCAUUCAAAAUAACUGCCAAUUUUCUGAAACACAUUGCCUGCUAUCAUCCGGAAAUAUUGAAAAACGUUGAUACACGGACAUUAUACAAAUGCAACUACUGUGCAGUUAUCUUUCCAAUGGAAGUGAUGAUGAAAUGUCAUCAAAAAUCCCAUGAAACCAUUACUCAGUAUCAUCAACAAGUAGAGCAGGUGACUUUCAAAGAUGAGUCUGUGGAAACGAUGUCAAUUGACGAAUCGACUUCGGAAAGUGUUUUUGAUUUACCCGAAUCUUCUUAUGUACCUGAGAAAAUCUAUGCUAAAGAAGAAGCGGAUGACGAAUUGGGCACUUAUUUUGUGUCAGUCAAAGAAGAAGUUGAUGACGAAAUAAUUGAACCAAUCGAACCGUCAACAUCAAAUGAAAUGACCAUAUUGAAAAAUGAUGAAGUGAAAUCAUCAAAAGUAGUGCAACACAUCAAUAAAUAUUUCAAGUGCGGUAUAUGUGACAUGGCGUUUGAGGAGCCGGUUCAAUUGAAAACCCAUAUACGAGAUGAACACUCCAUACGUAAACAAUUCAAAUGCGAAAAAUGCAACAUGACAUUUGGAAUGGUAGAGUUAAUAGGUUCUCAUGUGUGUGAUGCAGAUUCCAAAAUUGAAGAAGCCUCAAAAUGCAAUGAAAGCGGUAUGGAAUUAGAAAAACCACGACAAAAAAGGCGCAUUGCACGUAUGAAAUAUUUUCAAUGCUAUCUAUGUAAAAUUGAUAUGGAUUCUAAAGAGGCGCUUCGGAUGCAUAUGAAGCUACAUUCGCGAGACCAUCUAUGUGACGUCUGUAAAGUGGCAUUUACUUUGAAAGAAUUGAACUAUCAUUUGUGCGACAAUGAAGGAAGCAUUUGUUGUGAAUAUUGUCAACAAACUUUUACUACAACAAUUAAAUUGUUAGAACAUCUCAAAUCACACCAAAAAAAGAAGUUGUAUCGAUGUGAUGAAUGCUUUAAAUUACUUCCAAUGAUCAAACUAAAACAAUACCAUAUGAGACUAUCACACACACAGCCAAAAUUGUUCACUUGUACAAUAUGUUCCAAGGCGUUUACAACAAAAUCGCUACGAAAUAUUCACGAAAAAUCACACAAUGCCGUAAGAUCCCAUCUCUGUGAUGAAUGUGGACGAGGGUUUCGAUCCGCUCGAAAUUUGAAAUUACAUAAAGAGUCAAGUAUGCAUGUGGCCGAGGCACUUUUUCAGUGUCCCGACUGUCCACAUAAAUGCUACAGAAAAGAUCAGUUGAAACGACACCGUAAAGUCCAUAUUCAAGAUAGUUUCGUUUGCGAGAUCUGUAGCGCCCAACUUCCAUCCAUGAAAAGUUUAUUGGGGCAUAUGACACGACACACGAGAACUGAGGCCAACCGAAAAUAUGCCUGCUCACUGUGCCCGAAGAAAUUUUUUUCAUCAGAAGUAUUGAAGAGUCAUCAGGCUGUGCAUGGUACUGCCAAAUUACACGCUUGUCAAUAUUGUGAACAAUCUUUUAAAUAUGGUGGAGACUUGCAUAAACAUUUGAAAAUACAUCUUGGCGAACUGCGGUAUCAAUGUGAGAAAUGCGACAAACGAUUCAAAUAUAAAGUAGAAGCAGUUAAACAUGAAUUUGAGCACUAUAAACAAGAAAAAAGUGAAAGAAAUGAAAUUGAAUAGUGUUCUGGGUCUGGUUCAGUUUUUUAUUCUAAUAUGAAAUAAAUUGUUUGGGAAAGUAAUUAAAAAUCAGAUCAAACUAAGACAGUAUCACAAGAAAACGAUCACGGAAAAUAAGAUGCUAAAAGGCAUAAGAUACAGCAUAAAAUAGGAAUCAAAUAGUAAAUAAUUUGAAAGCACGAUAAACCAAAUUUGAUCGGCAAAGAAGCGAUAAGAAUUCUGUCUAAAAUGAUAAAAAAAUAAAAUUCACGUAUAGUUGGCGCUACAUUCUUAUUGCAUAAGCGUAUACUUUCCACUUAGUCCGUUGCAACGGAAAACAAGUUUGCAUAGAAUGCAGCGCCAACUAUAUGUAAAUUUUAUUUUUCAUCGUUUUAGACAAUAAAUCUAUGGUUUUCUUAUGGCUUCUUUGUUGUAGAAACAUUUUCUAUGGCAAAAAACAUAACCCGGUUCAAUUUUGUAUACUUUAAUGUUAGAAUAACGAUCAAUUUUUAAAAACGUUUUAAAAAAUAAAAUAAAAGAAUAUAAAUUCAAU